AUGACUUCAACUCUUCACGAAAAGGCGCUUCAGCCUCCGUUCAUAACCGUCGAAGGGAUACCCAACUUUCGAGAUCUGGGCGGAUAUCCACUCGCAUCGGGACCAACUUCGCAUUCCGUAAGACAGGGAGUUGUCUAUCGCUGUGGUGAGCCUCAAAGAGUUACCGAGAAGGGAAUCGCCACUAUGCAGCAGUUGGGAAUCACUCAUGUCUAUGAUUUGAGGUCUCAAGAUGAACUUAUUAAAAGUGCGGCCGCUGGUAGGGGUGGAGUGGUAGAGUGGGAGGGCUGUCAGCGAGUCUUCGCACCAGUAUUCCCGACGGAGGACUAUAGCCCAGAGAGAAUUGCUAUUCGAUUUAAGGAUUAUGCCUCAAAGGGUACCGAGGGUUUCACUCGGGCAUAUGCCGAUAUCUUGAACAAUGCUCCAAACUCAUACCGAACUGUUCUUCUCCACCUUGCAAAUGAACCUUCCAAACCAUUGAUCGUUCAUUGUACAGCUGGUAAAGAUAGAACUGGUGUUCUAUGCGCGUUGAUCUUAUCUCUCUGCGGAGUUGACGAUGAGGUUGUCGCACGGGAAUAUAGUUUGACAACAUUUGGACUUCCGCAAGAGUGGAAAGCAGGAAUCAUCAAGCAUUUAAUGACACACCCAGCCAUCAAAGACGACCAUGAAGGGGCAGAAAAUUUGAUUAGCUCCAAAGCUGAGAACAUGCUUGCUACUCUUAAGAUGCUGCAUGAGAAAUUUGGGGGGGCUGAAUCUGCACGCAGAGCUACCAGAGCCAGGCGAUCGCUCUUCAGGUGGCUUGGCACACAAGGAGAGAACUUCAGAAACCCAUUAGACAACUCAACAAAUUAUAUGGGGGCCUACAAUCCCGAUGGUAAAUUAAAAAGAGUCGUGGAAGCUGCGGCAGAUGCGCGAAAAGAUGGUGGUCCAAAGCCCGACAGUCAAAAUGAGCCCGAUGCAAAUGGCAACAAGGAGUUGCCGCCACAAUCCGCGAGAGAUAUGAUACCAUUCCCGGGCAAUCGAAAGUUCAUAAGUCAAUCGGUGCUGAGCGAAGAACUACGAGAGCUCAUUUGGACAAAAAUUAUGCAGGAUGCUAUGUCGGUGAGAGAAGUGAGUGCCGAACUUGGAGUCGAAAUGAGCCGCGUGGGAGCCGUCGUGCGUUUGAAGGAGAUAGAGAAAGAAUGGGAACGAGCGGGAAAACCUCUUGCGAGACCAUACGCCGACGCUGUCAUGUCAAUGGUCCCUGUGACGCAACUCAAUACAGGGGCUAGCAGAACCACACACGAAUCGAUUAAUGACUUACCUAUUCACGCAGCAACGGGACAACAAAUCUUCCACCCCACUUCAGAAUCAAGGCGUUUUACCCGAGAGGAUGCCGCGAAGAUUUUCGACGAGAAACUUCUCCCCGCAGACCAAAGGAUACCACACCCCGAAUUGAUUGAGAUGCAUAAAGAUUUUAAAGCUGGAUUGUCUCGAGAUGAGAGAAUUGCGCGACAAGAUGCGCGAGAUGAAGCGGAAGAACAAGUGAGGCAACGUAAAGCUGAUCGCAAAGCCGCUGAAGAAGCCAAGAUAAUGAAAGUCCAUACCCCUCGAUGGGAGUUUAGAAUUAAGGAAAUCAAUGUUGACGACAUUGGUAAAGAUGGUAGAGGAGCACAUGGAACAGGUUGGAGGUAUGGAAGACCUUUGAUGGAUAGAAAGAGGGGACAAGUCAAGAUUCCCACGAGUGUCCAAUAA